AUGAAGCAGAGAGUCGUUUUCGGUGUACUUGUGGGCCUAAUUCGACUGGGUGCAGGUCACCGACACGAUGGGCAUCUGCGCCGCCUGUCUACGGAACAGAUUCCCCUUGUUGAGCUUCCUCACAGCCAGAAGCAAAUCAAUCAGGACAUACGACAGUACUGGGUGCGACAAGCGAACGAAGCACUGUCUUCGCCAUGCCCAUUCGCUCCCUUCGGCACCGUUAUUGUGAAUCACACAGUCAGUGGCAGAGGCGGCAUUGUCUGCACCGGCGAAAAUACGAGCCACCAGUCUGGCAACCCCAUCAUGCAUGGUGAAAUGGCAGCAAUCGCCAACUGCUCUCAUAUCCUGACGGAUCCGACGGGGCCUUACAACAUGACAGUCGCAGAAGCUCUGGCAGCAUUCUCAGACUUGACCAUCUACACAAAUGCCGAAAGCUGUCCCAUGUGCGCGUCAGCGAUUCGAUGGGCCGGCUUCAGGGAAUACGUGUACGGCACCAGUAUUGAUGAGCUGGUCCGCAGAGGCUGGGAUCAGAUCCGGAUUGCGUCGCGUGAGGUAUUCGCCAUGUCCGUCGAUCUCCCGCGACAAACGGCGCUGAUUGGGGCGGUACUCACAAACGAGACGAACCCCUUGUUUAGCUGGCAGUUCGACCACUCGGCUCCAUGUCCACCGGGCUGUUCGCGAUCUACGUGGCAGGCGGAUUCAAUUUGUUCCGCUGUCUAG